AACAAGAAUAAAAAGAAACACAGUAGAUUAUUGUGCAUAUCUUGGAAGAACCGAGAGGCCAAGUUUGGAGCAGAUUUGGCGCACUCCAAUACCUCAGCAGCGUUUGGGAUACACGGUGAUCACCGCACGUCGGCGAGGUGGGCUGCAGAUUAGCAGCAGCACCAGUACAAGAACAACAGCUAUGAGGAUUCCCAGGAUGUUGAUGCCUCCUCCAUUUUCUUCCUGUUCAGCGCAGCAAAACUUCCCCAUGUUCGAGAUCGAGAGAGAGAGAAGAACGAAGAGAAUUUCAGUAGAAUUGGCUGCACAACUCGGACUAGUUCCUUCUCCUGACUCUUUCUUUAAGGCAGUGAAAGCCAUGGAGUAGCUCAAACAUCUCCAUCAUGCUCAUGUGCUAUAAUUGUUCUUCUUGUUUGUGUUACAGAGUGGAGUAGACCACACAGCAACCAACCCUCCCCAUCGCUACGACUUUGUGGGCCUGAAUGCUAUAGAAAGGUUGUCUUUUUCUUCAGAAAAGCUUGUGUUCUGCAUCAUCUUGGAGGCUGAACAUUUUGGUGUUUUUGGUCAUCUCUUCACUGUUUAUGAUCGUUUGCAAGUGUUUUGCUGAAUGUGAAAUAGCAGGUAAUCAAAUUAAAAUUGUGGUCAAACUGGAAAGCUCCUUGCAAUGAUUUAAAGUUGAUGCACGCUCCACCAGUUGCUUCACUUUUGUUGCCUAAUGAAUUGUUGGUAGCAAAACCAGUACUGGCUACUGAAACACACAGCUUACCUAGAGAACCCAGAUAAGGGGAUGACACUCUGCAAUCACCAGCAAGAUCUGAUUUAUGUCAGUGUUAGAUUGACAUGAACCAGAAUUGUCUAAAAUUCAGUAAAGCCACUUUAAUUAUAAAGUGACUUUAACUGUAAGGCCACUGUAAAAUUCAAUAGUGUGUGAAUUGUUAGCUUUGAUAUAAAGCAGAUGAUGAUACGAGGGUACUUUAGAUUGUGUAAUUAUGUGAUCAAUGAAGAACAAGUGUGAUAUAUGUGCCAGUGGCAAAGAUAGCAAAGACAGAUUGAUGUAUAUGUACCAUAUUAUGUCAUAUGGUUUUCUUAUCAUGUAAUAAAUAAUAUAUGUACAAACAAGAACAGAUACACAAACUAGUGAUUACACUCUGUUUCUAUUAGCAAAUGUGGUGAUCAUGGUUUGUGUUCUCAUAGUCCAAACUGGUGCAGCAGUCUCUCUCAUCUUCCUCUCCCCUUUUUCCUUUCCAUUUCUUAACCCUAAACAGAGCUUUGUUUUUCUGUUCAUUUCUUUUUUUUUUCUGCAAAGUUUAAUUAUUCUUAUUGGAUCAUACUUUAGCAGUCUGAGAUUUCAAUGAGUAGAGCUUAGUUAGAUCCACAUGAUCCGACAUGUACUGGUCAAUGGAAUUAUCUUAGCCAUUGCCUUGCGGUAGUGAAACCAUGGUUUGAAGCUGCAGCUUAUUCCGAUUCUCCAAGCAACGAAGUUGACUGAGGAAAGAGAGGGCCUGUCAGAAAGCAGCAAAGUCGAGGAAGACAAGACAAGUUUCCUAUCCUCGAAACUCCAUGGCUGCAUGAAGGUCUUUCAGUUUCAACAGGAUAGGAUUGCUUCAUAAUCUUAACUCACAAGUUUCUGAUGAUAUUGCCAAGCUCAUCCAUCAUUUUUCAUGGUGACAGGAACAUUCACCCUCUGUUACUGCUUGCUGUUCCUGGAUCAACAUUCCCUCACUCAUCAGAAGAAUCAUUUCUGGUUCAGUUCAUGUGACCAUGUUACAUACACUCCCAAGAACUGCCCUGCAAAUGGUGUCACCACCCACUGGUACUAGAAAUAAAUACAAAGAAGAAUGGACCAAUAGGAGAUGAGGAAGAUGAAAGGAACACAAUCUGAUUGACCCAGUAUGACAGCAGCGGAAGGACCACACUCCCAUCAGCAUUUUGACUCAACCAAAGAAGAAUGGACCAAUAGGAGAUGAGGAAGAUGAAAGGAACCCAAUCUGAUUAGUCCAGUAUGACGGCAACGGAAGGAUCACACUCCAUCCUAAGCAUUUUGACUCGACUCCUGCUCACUAGUUUCAUAUUUUCUUAAUAGAUUUAGCUUCAUUUCCGAGUGAAGACACAUCAACAGCCAAUCACCAUGAGAAGUUCUUGGAGGACAUGUUAUUUUUCUUCGAAGGAAACAUUGAGAUGUGUUCUUGUUUGAUUCAACAAAUGGAGAUUGCUAAACAUUUUGUGCUAACUUGACUGACAAAUGUCACUCAGAAGCUGUCAGGAAUUGUGCUUUCAGAAAGUUUUGGUGUCAAUUCUUCAUUCGAUUUCCAUGGUUUUUUAUCUUUCAUGUUUGUUCAUUGUUCCACAGGGUUGGGUAAAGCUCACGACAUGGGUUCUUCUUGAACUCUGCACCACAAUCUAUCUAUAAUUCAAAUCGGUCUUUAGAUUUGAUUCCGCCGACAAAGAUUUCAACUCAAUCUAAGACCUUUUUGACUUACCACCUGAACUCAACUCCCACUUCUUUUUCUGGUCACCUUCCCCAUGUUGUCUUCCCCUUCUUCUCUCUAUAUAUGCAUCAAGUUGCAGUCUUGGAGCGAGAUUCUGCACCAUUCCAAGUGUUUCUCGUCACAGGAAUGGAGGCUUCCACUGAUGAUGAUCGACUGGCCUUCGGGAAGAUAGGACAUGGGUGCAAGCAUUACAGGAGGCGGUGCAAGGUUCGAGCUUCCUGCUGCAAUGGGAUCUUCUCCUGCCGCCACCGUCACGAUGAGUCCACGACGGCCAAAUCUGUGUCUCACUCUCGACAUUGUUAGCUGUUGUGUAUUAGUAUGGGGCUUGAUCUUUUUCUAUGGGCAAUUUUGGUGAUUGGAAUCAGAAGGAUCGGCAUGAGAUCUGCCGCUUCGAUGUGGAAAGGGUGAUCUGUUCGAUUUGUGACACCGAGCAAACGGUCGCACAGAUUUGCUCGAAUUGUGGGGUCAACAUGGGCGAAUAUUUCUGUGGAGUGUGCGGAUUUUACGAUGACGAUAUUGAGAAAGCACAGUACCAGUGGAGUGAUUGCGGUAUCUGCAGAGUUGGUGGCGGAGAGAACUUCUUCCAUUGCCAGAAAUGUGGAUCCUGCUACUCUGUACACUUGUUUAACAAGCAUUCAUGUGUGGAGAACUCAAUGAGACACCAUUGCUCCAUCUGUUAUGAGUGAUGAAAUGUGGGCACACAAUGCAUACAGAAUGUCUCCAUGGAAUGUUGAAGCAUGAAAACUAAUCCUGCUCGAUGCUACUAAAUCUACUCGAAGCAUAACAAUGAUCAUUUAUUUGACCUCAUUUUUGGGGUGUCUUGGGAUACGGAUACGGUUGUCCAAUAUGCUCCAAGUCAUUGAUUGACAUGACAAAAGUCUGGAGGAAGUUGGAUGAGGAGAUAGAAGAAAUAGAAAUGCCUGAGGAUUAUAGAUCAAGAAAGGUGUGGAUCCUCUGCAACCACUGCAAUGACAUUACUGAAGUCUUCUUCCACAUUAUUGGCCACAAAUGCUGUCACUGCCAAUCCUACAACACUUGCAUGAUUGCUCCCCCUGUAAUCCAUCAAUGACUGGGCUCUGCUCUGAAACAGAUAGGAUUGAUGAGCAACUCAAAUGCCUCUGGUGGUGUCUCCUUUCUGAUUCCAAGCUUAAUUGAUGUAUACAUACAAAAUGUUUUGGAUCUCCUGGACUAGAUUUGGUUGUAACCAUUUAGUGUACUUAGUACAUUUGGAUUACAUAUUAUGGUGCAUCAAUGUUAAUUUGCACAAACGAUUGUCAUGCA